AUGCGUUUCUCCCAGGGCGUUGCGGUUGCCGCUCUGGCAACGGCUGCCAACGCCAAAUCCUUGUCCGAUGUCUGUACCGUUUCCAAUGUGCGUUCGGCCUUGCCCGCCAAUGGAACCCUCUUGGGCAUGGACAUGAUCCCCUCUGCCGUCACGGCCGGCGCGGUCUACAACGCUUCUGCUGGUAUGGGCAGCACCGAGACCUACACCUACUGUAACGUCACCGUCGCCUACACCCACACCGGCAAGGGCGACAAGGUCGUCAUCAAGUACGCUUUCCCCAAGCCUUCCGACUUCAACUCUCGUUUCUACGUUGCCGGUGGUGGUGGUUUCUCUCUUUCCAACGAUGCCACUGGUGGUCUGGAGUAUGGUGCUGUUGGUGGUGCUACCGAUGCCGGUUACGACGCGUUCAGCAACAGCUACGACGAGGUGGUUCUCUACGGCAACGGAUCCAUCAACUGGGAUGCCACAUACAUGUUCGCCUACCAGGCGUUGGGUGAGAUGACCAAGCUGGGUAAGGUUCUCACCCAGGGAUUCUACGACACGGAGGACAAGGUCUACACCUACUACGAGGGAUGCUCAGACGGUGGUCGCGAGGGUAUGAGUCAGGUGCAGCGCUGGGGUGAGGAGUACGAUGGUGCUAUUACCGGUGCCCCUGCCUUCCGUUUCGGCCAGCAACAGGUUCAACACGUGUAUCCCUCGGCUGUCGAACAUACGCAAGACUACUACCCCCCUCCCUGCGAAUUGGACAAGAUUGUAAACGCCACGAUCGCCGCCUGUGACCCUCUCGACGGACGGACGGACGGUGUCAUCUCCCGGACCGAUUUGUGCAAGCUUCGCUUCAACCUGACCUCGAUCAUUGGCGAGUCGUACCACUGCGCUGCGGAGAGCAGCAUGACUAGCUACCAGCCCGAGCAGAAUGGCACUGUGACUGCUGAAGGUGUGGCCGUUGCCCAGGCCAUCUACGAUGGUCUCCACAACUCGAACGGCGAGCGUGCCUACCUCUCGUGGCAGAUUGGCUCUGAGUUUAGCGACGCGACGACCGAAUACAACAACGACACUGGCAAGUGGGAGCUCAGCAUCCCGUCCAUCGGCGGCGAGUACGUGACCAAAUUCGUCCAGCUUCUCAAUAUCGACAACCUCUCCGACUUCAACGGCGUCACCUACGACACCCUCGUCGACUGGAUGAACAUCGGUAUGGUGCGGUACAUGGACAGCCUGCAGACCACCUACCCCGACUUGACCACCUUCAAGACCUCCGGUGGCAAGCUCCUGCACUACCACGGUGAAUCCGACCCCAGUAUCCCCGCCGCCUCCUCCGUGCACUACUGGCAGGCUGUCCGCUCCGUCAUGUACGGCAACCUGACCCAGGAAGAAUCCCUCGAAGCCCUCGAGGACUGGUACCAAUUCUACCUGAUCCCCGGCGCGGCCCACUGCGGCAGCAACACCCUCCAGCCCGGCCCCUACCCACAGAACAACAUGGAGACCAUCAUCAGCUGGGUCGAGAAUGGCGUCAAGCCGUCUCGUCUCAACGCGACUGUUUCCUCUGGUACUUACGCGGGCGAGACGCAGAUGCUGUGCCAGUGGCCUACUCGUCCGUUGUGGAAGGGUAACAGCUCGUCGUUCAGCUGUGUCAACGACCAGGAGUCGAUUGACAGCUGGGAUUAUUCUUUCGAUGCGUUUAAGAUUCCUGUUUACUAA